AUGAAGGAUGUCAUGAUUGUGGUUCUCGUUUAUGCCUGCUUUUCUUUGGUUUUGUUAACAGAUGCCAAAGAUAUUGGGAAAGAAGAAGUGGAUAAGGUAAUAGAAGAUGAAAUAACGCAGAAGUUGAGCGAAGAUCUUCUACAAUCCCUCGAGAGGAAGUUCCAGGUGGACCUACAGAAGUCCGUGGAUAUGGUACUGACGAAGAUCAAGCUGUUACUGAAGAAUGGGACUCUGCACAUUCAGGACAGACUGACAGAACUUCAGGAUAUGCUGGACGUUAUCAAGGGUCAUGGAGAAAAAGAGUUAGAGACCUGUCUCCAGAAGAAACAGAACGAGACCUCAGCGUUAGCAGAGAAGGCUCUUCAUCAGAUGGUGGUCUGUGGUUACGCCCUGAUAGGCCAUGACCCAGCGCAGGCAGUACAUAGUGUGCUGGCUCUUAAGAACAUGAUCAGGACGGGUAUUAAACCGAUAUACGAGCAAAAGAACGAGGUUUACAGUCUUCUGAAAGUCUGUGGACAUGACCAUGAUACGCUGAAGAAGGUCAUCAAGUGCGUCAUAUCCAAGUCACCAAUAAUAAAAGCAGCAAUGAUGGACGUGACAAGCAAACUAAUCGAAGGUGUUGUUAGCCUAACAAAACUGAUGGCACACGGAGCAAUGCACGAAGCUUGCCUCAUAGAAGUUAUCAGAAAUAUUGAAGACGAAGCCUUCACUAUAGUUGAAAAUGUCAGAGUUUGUGUAUACACCAACAAUACAUUCACACAAGAAAUAAAAGAUUACAUCAAACAAAAUAAUGCGACAGUCCUAGAUAUACCUAGAAAAGAUAAAGUUAAGAAAACAGAGACUUUAGAAAAACCUGAAAAGAUAGCUAAACCUGAGAAAGAGGCUGAUGUCAAGCAAAUGAAGGAUAUGAUUAGAAGAAUGCUGUCGGAAAACAAAGUUCAGGAUAUAGAUUCAGCGUUUAAGACUAAAUUGGCUAAGUUACAGCAAGAUUUGGCAGUUGUUGAUGCUAAUGAAAUUGUUAAGAAGGAUAAGGUUGAUAAAUAAAGAUUUAGUGAUCGUGUUUUGAAUUUA